ACCCACUGCCCAAACAAAAACCUUUCCAUAAAAUUCCUAUACAAUGUUGUCAUAAUACAGUGUUUCCUUUUCCUAGGGAAGAUUUCAAUCUCAUUGAACGGGCCGUAAUUAAUCAAAAUGCUUGGAAAGUUUGAGACCAUCCAAUACUGUAAAAAGGGACCAGUUAAGGUAAUUGAUUUUAUAGGUUACAAUUGACUGAAAGAUCUUUUUAAACUAAAUUAACCGCAAUAUUGUGUUCGAGGUCAUAGCCUAUUCAUCGAUAUAUAUUUUAUAUACACUAAUUCAAUUAAGUUACUUUGACAGUUGAGGGAUAAAACGAAACAACUGGUGAAGUUACUAAUCUUCCAUACUUAAACAUUCAAAGAUAAUUCACAACUUCUCGUAACUAAUGAAGACGACGUUUAGUUUGGAGUUGCUAAUAAGUCGAUGUUUAAAGCUAACUGAAUUUAAGCGCGGUUUGGGGAAAUUAGUGGCCCCGAAAAUAUUCUUAUACUUUUAGUACAUAAAUGAUUUUCUUUCCUAGGCACUUUAAAAUGUCCAUUUGAUGCUAUUAAAAGCAAACAAUGUAAAGAAGAUGUAUGUGUUAAAAAAGUUUAAAAAGGGCUAUACUUAUAACUGAACACCGUCUAAACAUACUGUUUAAAACAUGCCCCCCUUCACCGGUCCCAAGCUCCUGGUCCCAAGUAAUAAUUUUAGAAACGCGGUUGCAGUUAACGCCAUUAACGAGUCGUUGAGGUAUUUAACAGGACCCACAGAAAUCGAAAAAAGUGUUAUUUGGCCUAGACGAUAAAGAAGAGGAUAGAAUAUGAAGUGUUGUUAACGUUGGUGUUUUAUCGUUUUCAUUGUUCCAGAGGACGCUUCCCCUCCUCAAUCCAUCUCGUGCCUUUCACACGUUUUUCGCGUUACGCGCUGCUACACGUAUCUUUUGUUAAUAUGCUCUAGUAAAUUGCCCCCUGUUAAGCAAGUUGCUUCGACUUAAGUGCCGAUAAAAAAUAAGUACAAGCAAAAAUAAUGAAUUGUGACAUUUUUUGAAAGGUGUUUUCGAUAAUACAAUUUAGAUAUGAUCACGACUGGCAAUAGAGUGGGCCCCUUGUGGAGUAAAACUACCCUCAUUUAAUAAAUUUUUCAAAUGUUUGAUCAUUAUGAGAAUUCGUUAUUUGAUGUCCAUUCAAUUUAAGAUCUUCAAACCAACCACUAGAGAACAACUCCUUUUAUCCCAUAGUGUCCUAAUUUAAUCGCGUUUACCAUUGGGUGAUCAACACAAUCAAAAUAAUUAUGUUGUUUUAACCUUAAGGUGGAUUUCUGCUGUCCUGUAAUUUUUAUGACGCUCGCAAAUAGAAUAGAGACAAUAUAUGGGAGGUCACGCGUAAACGUAAAAGUUGGACCUCGCUCAACUUUCACGUUUACGCUUGGCCUUUCAUACAUUGCCUCUAUUUCAUUUAUGCGUCGAAAUUUUACGUGCGUUUGCACGAAAAAAUUACGCAACAGUGGAAAUCAACCCUAAGUGAAUAUGUUCAUCAUCUCAAUUUUUAUUAUUUCUCUCUUGUUCUAUGUUAAUUUCUUACAGAAAUAUGACAGGAAAGGCACAGGCCUGUAACUUAAUUUAAAACAGGGACUAGGACAAAUUGUGACCAUAGCCUUUAUGUUGGUUUGAUUAGUAAUCAAUUCAUGUUAAACUGUAGUUAGCGACAAGGCUAGAACUAUGAGUGAAUGUUCCAGCGUUUGUUUUCUCAUGGCAAUACGCUUUUAUAAAAUUGACAUUUUUUUUUUCAUAAAUCAAAUCACAAAGUUUAUAAGUCUUCCGCAGUAAUUAAAGAAGUACUGGCUAAAUCAUUGCAUCCAGGAAAAUAACUAAUAAUAAUAAUAAUUAAAAAUUUAUAACGCGCCUUUUCCAUGCAAAUAUGAUCAAAAGCGCGUACUAUGGGACUAAACAAGAGCAUGGUCGCAAUUAAUGCAUCCUCACCUGAAACGAACGGUAUUUGAUUCUUAAGUCUGCUCAGCAGGCAGCUGUGUAUAGAUUUUGUUUUAAAAUUAAAUGCGAGUGGCGUCUCCUGAAUCUAUCGGAAUUGUCCUCUAAAAUAAAGACUUCGAGCUACUUCGUCUGUUGAUUUGUGGCUUUGUUAUCACUCAGUUUGCGAUUUUUACCGGUGUCAGUAUCACUUGAAUACUGCCCCAUCUAAGGAAGUCUUGGAUACGUCGCACUUUGCCAGUGGAACUUGGACUCCAGAUUCCAAUCGUUAAAGGGAUUCCGGAUUCCUUGAGCUGUUUUCUGGAUUCCAAAACCCAGUAUUAAGGACUGAUUCCACAAGCAAAACUUGGCGGACUUCCUUACAUGGGGGGGUCGUGCCAAAUUAGCUGAAACUGUUGCAAUUGAAAAAAACAAGGGAAGUUAUAUUUUUGUUGAAAGUCUGCAUGGAUAAAUAACUAUCCAGUGGAUAAGUAUUAGGAAAACCAAUUGCGCUAUCCAGUCGAUAGAUAUUUAUCCGAUGGAUAGCGUUAUCCACCUUUUGAACAACUGGGGCCAGGAAAAUAAUUGCAUGUUAUCAUAAUCUAUUGAUGCUUUGGAGGAACCCUGGAGGGGACUUUUAAGCUCAGUCCCUUCAGUCGGCAUCGAGAAUGAUUGGUUACACGUUUACUUAAAUCAACUUUGGAGUGAUUGGAAAUUUCAGAAAACAAAUUUUGAAAAACGCAACUCGCGGUUGAGAGUAAAACUUCAAUAAUAAUGGAUAAUAACUCUUCAUUUUAAUUCUUUAAUAAUAAUAAUUUUAUUCAACUUUAAAAAAUUAUGUACAUGAUUUACAGAAAUAUUUGAAGUCAGAAUUAAGCUAUAAUAAUUAAAUAACAACAAUAGUAACAUAUUUAACAAAGAUAAACCCGUCAGUUAAAACUGUUAUUAAAAAUAACAAUUAAAAGAUAAUAACUAUCAUAAAUUAACUAUUAAAAAAUGUAAAAACUGUGUACAAUGUCGAAGGAUAAAAACUAAGAAUUAUUUAACUACGUACGAAAAAUAAGACUCUAGACUAAAACCUCUUAAAGUUCUAUUAUUAUUCAUUCAAAAGAUUUCCCCGAUUCUGAUUGGCUAAAAGUACACGUAUAAUUCGCCAAAACAAGUUACUGAUGACCAAAUUUAGAAAAAUUUUGUAUUUAGCGAGGUAAUGACGUCAAAAAUGCAGCGUUCUUGCAGGUUAAGGCACCGUUAACCGAGAAGACCUGGGGACGAGGUUGAGUUGUUUUGGUUGUGAAAACAAAAAAUGGCGGACAUGUCACUCGUUUCAAGAGUAAGAACUAGGCGAAAUUAUUGCUAAAAACAUGGCAAGAACAGCAAGAACACAACUCGAAGGGCGACAUCUGCUAUUUGGAGAAUAUUUGCGGAGCUGAACAACCCUAAACGUGCACUAUCAAAGGUGAACUUAACAUCGAAUAUGAAUGAAUAAUAAAACAAUUAUUGAAUUCGGCUUUCGUAUCAUAUGAAGAAUAAUGGAGAUCUUGGAGGGUGUUAUAUCCUUCAUAAGAUACUCAGCCUCAUUCAUUAAUUGUUAAUUAAGAGUUCUAAAAAAUAAUAUCAUUGAGCUGUGUUUCAAAAAAUCACUGUAGAGUCAACUUCCUUAGGAUGCGGUGGCAAUGAAGUUAUUGAAAGCUUGGGCUUCAGUAUAAAAAAGUGCCUUUCUUAGAAGAUUUUUUUCGCAGUUUAGGAAUUGAAAUAAACCAUAACGCCUAGUGGAAAAGAUGUGAAGACUUGAUAAAAUAAUCCUUACAUAGAUCUGAAGUAAUGUUAUGGAGACACUUAAAAACAAAUUAAGUUAAAUAUACAUACUGUAAUAAUAUAUAAUAGAACGCAGCCUUAAGGGACUUCCAACUCAAUUGGCAUAAAAGUUGAUGUAACUUACACCUCAGGAUUUGAAGACAUGAUUAUGUUUUUAAUUUGUUGAAAAGCUUAAUUAAAAAUAUUUAAAGACAAGAAAGGUUGCCGCGGAAGCGUGUUUAAACCCGAGGCCGAGAGCUUGAAAAGGACUCAGUUUGUUGUUGAAAAUCUGGAAAUACAGUAAAAUUUAUGUUUUAAACUUAAACGUAGAAAAUAAUUGAUUUUCUUUCAGUAAAAGGCCUGAAAAAUAACAUUCUUAUAUAAACAAGAAAAAUGGGUACCGUUUUUAAGCCACACACCUCACAGACAGAGAGACCUGCCACCAGGUUUUGGAAGAGAAAAUACUUAUCGAAGGGUUUAAACUUCAAGAAAAGGUGAACAAAAACUUCAAAAGUUACUCAUCGUGGCAAAAUUUUGAAGGAGACGUUGUAAAAGCGCAGUACGCUAAUUUCAAAACAUCUUCGUUUAAUAGCUGUUUUCGCUUGUUAGCUCACAAGAUAAACUUAGAGGAGGAUAUUGGAUGGAUGAGUAUAGGCCGGCCAAUGAGUUGCCCAAGUUCUAAAUUUGGAGGCCUUAUUGUCACACCCUCACAAAAAUGACCUUAGUAAUCCCCCGGUUAGGACUUUUCCAGGGGUUUUAUUCCAAAAGUAAAUGUCAGAGUACGUGUCGAUUACGCCGUAGUUUUAGGAUUGGAUGGCACGUACGUACACAAGAAGUCACCACCUGGGAUGAAAAUUCGCGACAGAAAAACGUAAAAGAAAAAAAGAAAAAAAAGAUACUGAGCCGAAAACGUAAGUCGGCGUUGCCCCUAUGGGCCAGCCUCGACUAAAAAGUCCCAAUCACAAAAUAAACUCCUCUGGACAAUUUUUCCAUUCUUAACUAAGUACGCUGUGAAUAAUUUUUAGCGGUGUAUGUGUUUUUUAUUUAACACUUUAUACAACUAAUCAAAUAUGCCUUCCCCAGAACAAUCAAUUUCAAUCUAGAGGAGAGAAAACAAUUUAUAAAAAAGAAUUAACAACAAUACACUAUAUUUAAUAUACUAGCAUAAAAUUAACCUUGAUUUGCUCUUAAUUCAAACAAUUUCAAUUCCAUUUCAGUCAAUCAUGGCAAGACACUUACUGGUCAGUCUGGUGUUCCUACUGCUUGUAAUAGACUUGGCCUCGCCUAACGUCGUCGGUGAAAAAGACUCUGUAGCGGAAAAAAUGAUGAAUAAGAUAACUAACCAGGAUGUACACGACAAAAACGUUCACAAAGAAUCUCUUGAUGAGGUUUCCACCCUGGGUAAAGGACUCGAUAAGAGCUUUUCUACAUUAAACAACGAUGUUCCACUGCUGCUUACUAUCAACGCGGCUAAGAAACUUGCCCAAGGCAAAUGCAACUUGACUGUACCAUCAAGGAAUCGAAAAAAGGAGAGAAAAUCAGCCCUGAGAAAGGACUAUCAGGCCUAUCAGCACGGAGUCAAGGAUUUCAUUAGCGAUAAGAAGUGGCUCGAUGCUAAAAGGAGUGAAAAAUGCACCUCGUGCGUCCUGGAUGAACUGUGCAAAGAUUUAUCAGUUCUAGGGGAGCUGAGUAUUGCCAACCUACCAAAGUAAGUCAAAAUAUUGUAUAAUUUAAUUCUUUCAACUUUCGCGGAUUGUUAAAAUCCAAUUGCUCUGUUGUUAUGUACAUAUUUAUGUAGUUUUAGGCAAGCCUUUAAGCGGAGCUUCCACAACGAUUUAUAGAAAAGGCAAUAAUUGCAAUUUGAUAUACGCAAAUCUGGGAUUAAAAGCACGAUUCUCUCUAGUGAUUUAGAAUAGCUUGUUCCUCUAGGUUUCAAAAUAAAGCAGCGUAUAAUUAAAACUGCGGCAGCCCGAGGACAAAAUUUGAAAACAAUCACAAUAUUGCUCUUCAAAGCUGUUUAGGCCCUUUGGCGGUCGCCACUUUUGAAACUAUUGAUAGUAGUGCCAAUGUUAUACAGCCAACGUAUAUACUGAGUUCUAGCCGAUCAGGUGAGAAACAAAGCUCGUCCAAUUGGAUUCGCGACUGAUAUUUUUUUCAACUUUGAGAAAAGUAGUCCCUCCACUAAGGAUCCGCACGGCAGUAGAGUUUGAACCUAUAAAUUUUUCAGUCUUUCUUUUCCUAGUUGCUUAGUUACUAGGUUGUGAUUAAAAUGACAAGUACAUUGACUAUCAUAUCUUCAUCUUCUACGGUUAUUGUUACGAACACACAAAAAACCCAAAAAUGUUCCGGUCAUUAUCAAAAUAUGCGAAUUAUGCUAGCAGUGCUACGUUAUAAAAAUGGGAAAAAUUAUGUUAGCACAAUCUAUAAAACAGUGCACUUCAGUAAAGUGGAUCUUCCCCGGAUUCACUUUUUUUUUGGAAGAAUAUACCAGUUUUAGGCCAGUGCCUAACAGAUAACAUUUUUAUUCCACAUUCCCCCAACAGAGGUGAAAGAGAAAGAGCAUGCAAAAGAAAAAUUCUCAAGAAAGCGAUCGACAUCUACCCCAUAAAAGUGCAUUCUAUACAGUGUGAUUGGAAUACCACAUUUCGCACAAUCGAUGGAGCAUGUAACAACCUAGAAAACCCAAUUUUUGGUUCAGUCGGAUCAAAAUUCACACGCGUUGCAGAGGCUGAUUAUGGCGAUUGCAUCUCAGAACCUCGAAGAUCAGUGACCGGUAAAGUGCUUCCAAACGCGCGAGACGUUAGUCGUUUUGUUCACGGCAGCAAUGCAGACCGCUCAAACCCAAAUUCCAAAAUACUGACCCAUCUGGCCAUGAAUUUUGGACAGUUUUUGGACCACGACAUAACGUUGGCAGAGGCACAGGGACUUAACUGUGAGCCACCUGCCGACAAGAAGAAUUCUGAGUGUAUCAACAUUCAUAUUCCAAAGGAUGAUGCGACAUUCCGUGAAAGAGAGGUUGAUUUUAUUGAAAUGGAGAGAGAUGCCCCCCACGUACCAGUUUCUCAUUGUAAAUUAGUCGUUCGAGAGCAUUCGAACACAAUAACGGCCUUUAUUGACGCGUCUAACGUAUAUGGAUCAACUAAGCAGGUCGCUGAUUCACUUCGUGCUCCAGACGGCCUACUACUGGACAUGGAGCAUCCACAUGGCUGCCCAUUUAAGAACCUGCUUCCUGCCCAAACCCAAGGGUUUUGUCCAUCGCGGGAUCCAAACAGGCCAUGUUUUGUAACAGGAGAUAUAAGAAACAAUGAGAACCAAGGUGAGAUUAGAGCCAUUCUAAGCUUGCGACGAAAUCGAUAAAAUGGGAAGAAAGUUUUUUGGAGGGUAGGGGGGUAAGCAGAAACAGCAAAAAUUAGGGAGUUUGAGAUGUCACGACAACGACGGUAACAUAAAUCGGUAACAUAAAUGCCAAAAAAGCAAAUUGUAAUGUUUAGUUAGCAAAACAACAAUUUUGCAAGUGCCACACACGAUCACACUUCUUUGCCGUUAGUGCACGGCUACGAUAUUAAACCACGUACUCCCACAAUUAUAUGGAGGACGUAAACAAGCGAUCAACGACGAUAUGUAAAUUCUUUCGGCUCCUUUUUCUUAUUUGGUAUGGCUCUAAGGAAUUCAGUUUCAGGAGAGUUUGCCUACAUUUGAAAAUUUAAGAGAGUUCGGCGAUAAUCGCGAUUGAUUAAGGUUGAGAGAACACGAAUUCGCUUUUUUAAAAGAAAGUUCUGGCGUCGACGCAGUUGUUUCUUGAACUCCGUAUUGUGAAGCUAGCGUUGAAUGGAUCACAGUUUUGUCAUGAUACUUAACAAUUAAUGAAUGAGGCUGAGUGUCUUAUGAAGAAUUAUGGAGAUCGAGGAGGGUGUUAUCUGUCGAGGCCGUAGGCCGAGGCCGAUAACACCCUCCGAGAUCUCCAUAAUUCUUCAUUCAAAAUAAUUCCUAGUUUAAAAACAUAAAACAUGCUUACCUCCAUCGAUUCAUCGAUGUUAAAGUUCAUCUUCGAUAGUGCACGUUUAGGGUUGUUCAGCUCCGCAAACAUUCUCCAAAUAGCAGAUGUCGCCCUUCGAGUUGUCCUCUUACUGUUCUUGCCAUGUUUUUAGCUAUUAUUUCGCCUAGUUCUUACUCUUGAAACGAGUGAAUGUCCGCCAUUUUUGUUUCCACAACCAAAACAACUCAACCUCGUCCCCAGGUCUUCUCGGUUAACGGUGCAUUAACCGUAAAAAAAACGCUGCGUUUUGGACGUCAUUUCCCCGCUAAACACAAAAUUCUUCCAUAUUUGGUCAUCAGCAACUGGUCAUGGUGAAUUAUGCGUGUGCUUUUAGCCAAUCAGAAUCGGGGAAAUAUUUUGAAUGAAUAAUAAUUAAGAUGAAGGGUCGGGCUCCUCUCAGGGAGGAGAGGGGGAGGCAGAUGACUCUAUUAUAUUGUUUUGAAACUGCCUUUCAUGAAACACUCCGCGUGCAAGUGCGACGUCACAUAGUAACGGGUGAGAGCUUCUGGUCGCCUGUCCAAAUUAGCAAGGAAAAAGAGCAUACCAUCGCCUUUGAUAAAAUUUCAUUUUUAUCUUUAGGCUUUAGAAAAAAUAGGGGUUUUUUUCUGCAAAAAUCCUGAUUAAACUUUUCGGAGGAACGCACCAGUGCUAUCGCUCCAAUUCUGCAUUUGGACUACCUGUUGUAAGUAGGGCACUAAAUCACGGACUCAGAGUACAUGUACAUCAAUCGUAAACUUCCCUCAAGUAACAUAUGAAGUAAUUCUUCUUUUUCUUUCUUUUUUUUUUAACUUUAGCGAUAACGUUUAGUCUAAGUUUAGGUUGAAAUUAAUUUUAAUUGCUGAUACAUUUAACUAAUGUGCUCAGCUUGUUAGUAUUGAUAAAGGGCGACAUUAUUGCCCAAUGCAGGAGUUAAUUAUUAAGAUUAUUAUUAGAAAUGUAUUAUUACGGAGUCAUCUUCUUAACCCGAAAAAAUAAGCAGUUGAUUUAUUUUUAAACCAACAGGUCUGAAUUCGCUCCAUACUAUUUUUACACGGCACCACAACCGCAUCGCUACAUUUUUUGGUCAGAAAACUACCUGGGACGCCGAAAAGAUUUACCAAGAAACCAGAAGAAUUAUUGGAGCGCAAAUGCAAAUCAUAACAUACGGCGAGUUCCUGCCGUUAAUUUUAAGCGAACACACGGUAUGUCUCUGCAAACUACAAUCUAUUAAAUUCUGGUUAUUUUAAUUCUGAGGUGUAUUGUAAAAAAAAUUGACUGACUGAUUUUUUGAACUAGAAAUGUUUUAGAUUACUGAAUAUUUAUUUAGCAUAACCAUCACCCUUGACGCAGUCCCAAAUAUCAGCAUGCACGUCACAUAAUUUAUGCGGAGCAGUCAGAAUUACCGUAAAUGUUCGAAAUAUAGUGUCCGGGGGUCUGUUUUUCUUUAUAUUUUCUGAGUUCCGGAAGGGGGAGCGUUUAUUUUUAUUUGUGAGUUUCAAAUGUUGGUGGCAUUAAAAAAACGUGAACUUAAACAAAAUUGCUCAAUAGAAGGUGUUCUCUUAAGGCUUCACUUUACCUUGUUUUGACGAUAGAAAAUAUUAUGGUUAUCCCGCAGUAUCAAAGAUUAGGUCUAACGUAAGUGCAUGCGAUUUAUCUUGAAUAUUGACGCCAAUGCUGCCUGUUUUGGACGCGUGUUGCUCGUCUUUUUCAUGGGACCAACGUGAAUAAGGAACAAAAAGGCUGUCCGCGUGUUCAACCUUAAUGGGCUCCGCGCUUGAGCUCCGCCAUCAUACAUAGAGCACAAUCUAAAUGAAACAAUCCAUGUUUUGUUUCCGUUUACUACUCAAACAUAUGGAGGAUAUCACAUGGCUGCCCGGAGAUACGAAAUUUCUCUUGGAGUGCUAAAAACUAUUUCUAACCGCCAAUGUGCGCAGCGAACGGGUGAAAUAUUUUUUUAACACUAGGUAUUUCAAUCAGUGGUGUUCAUAUAAUUUAUAUAUUUAUUUCAAAGUGUCUCACUUUCAACACUUUUAGAUCAAGACAUUUGGACUCAAGCUUCUUGAGGGAGACCAGUUCUUCAAUGGCUAUGACAAAACAGUGGAUACGCAAAUGUCCACGGCCUUUGCUGUAGCCGGGUAUCGAUUUGGUCACAGUUUGGUUCAAGAGUUGUUCAAUCGGUUCUCUCAAGCUGGCUUUGAACACAAAUGCGAUAAAGGCAAAUCAAAAUUUCUGCCUAUCCCAGUAUUGGACUUCAAUAAUCCACAGUACUUAUAUGAUACUGGUAAAGGAGGUAUCGAUUCCAUUUUGAGGGGCUUAGUGAAAGACCCUGCGGGGAAAGCCGACGGGUAAGUAAAAUCACCUGUAUGUACUGUGCACUUUGAGACCCUUUUAACGAGCGUGCCUUAACUUUAUGCAGCUCUCCAUUGUUUCAAGCAGGUUAUUAUUUCAAAUACUAUGGCAGAGCAAGGCACUGAGGUGGGGCACUUCACAAUAACGACCUGCCUGUUCUAAAACGAUGGAAAGGUGUGGAUAAUGCCUCCUCCUUUUAAGAAGCUUCGGAGCUCAGGCAUUAUUCAGUUUAGAAGAGUGGGAAAUGUACCCAGUACGUCUCCGAAGCAAAAACGAAAAAAACAUGCAAGGCACUUAAGUCAGUGGGUGACAGUCUAAGUAAGAUUGGGUGUUUGGAUUAAAACGCAUCAGUCAUUUUCCUGAUAUCAUACGGAGAAAGGAUUAGCGCGGUUGGUUUAAGGGUGCCGCCUUCUGUGCGGAGGGAGCAUUUUUGAUUUCGAGGUGUGGCCUCAUAUCGUUCUUUCGACUUCUUUCCUUUCCCUGCCAGCUUUAAGUAGCUUUAAAUACCCGUAAAACGCAACACUGAUGAAGAGAGGAGGGGACGGGGUUAAAAUGUCAGCGCACCGUCGGCCUCUGAGGUUUGUUAUCGAGAUGACUAUUUCGAGCUACCGACGUAUAAUAAGGACUCUUUACCCCUUUACCUUUAAAUUCAUACCGCGAUAGCCCGAAUCAAAACAUUUAUUGUUCAUUCAAAAUAUUUCUAACCUCGAAAAAAAAAUUAGCGGUAUGUAAUAAAUUUCCUUUCCUCGUAACAUCUGCAUGUUUUUCGGCUGUUCGAGUAUUGCUUAAUACUUGAGCAAAAAUUCUUCACAGCUGAUUGGUUCCUUGGCUAUUGGCGCGUGGAAAAAUUUAUGUAUUCCUUUAUACUGUUUGAAUUUAAAUAAAAUUUGCUGUUGAGGCUGUUGUUCAUUAAUUUAACUAACUCGUGAAAGCCUCCACCACUUUCUUCAUCCAUAUAGAACACUGCAAAAACAUCCAAACACCGUUACGCGGUUAACCGUUUGUGUUGUUAGUCCAUUAUUCGAAUGUUGUAGAUCCGAUUGACGUUGGUUGUAUCAGAGAGCUGCAGUCUUCCCAAUUUGAUCAACACUAGCUGGUCAAAUUAAGAUUUAGCUGGGGGAUUAAAGCCAAUCAGAAAAAUAAUUUUUAAAAAAAAACGCCUCAACAUGCCUUCAUGUUGAGGCAAGUGUCUUAUUGGAGAAACCGAUUUCAGCUUUAAUUUUACUAAAAGUCAAGCUGUUCAUUCAUAUAAUACAAGACGCUCUAAUGAUAUUCGCUUACCCCUACCCAGAACAAACUGGGGUAAACAAACUUUUAUUUUUCACGCCGCGAAAGACUGGAACAGCCUUCCAAAUGAUUUAAAAGAGUGUAAUAUUUUAUCUAUUUUUAAAUCCAAGUUAAAAACUUUUUUAAAAGAUCUCAGCUAAUUUUAAACCUUGAUGUUUUUUUUGUAUAAUCGAUUUUAAGAUUUUAAAUUUUUAAAUUUGUUUUACUUGUAAACAUAUUUUACUUUUUUCGUAAUUAUUAAUUAAUUAGUUAGAUUAAUGCAUGAGGGCCCCACUGAAAACCGCCUUGGCGAGUUGGGCUCCCUCUAUAAAUAUUAUUAUUAUUAUUAUUAUUAUUAUUAUUAUUAUUACAAGGGAAUGAGGCAGAUCUCGGGUGGUGUUAUGUGUAUAGCUGUGUAUAUAAACACUCCCAGCCGAGAGAUCUGAUCUACAAGUCACAAAAAAGAGCGAUAAACGGCAUUCAAUAAUUUUUAAAUAUUCCAUGUUUUUAUUAAGUUUCUUCAAUGGAAACAAAAUAUCCGUGUUGCUAUUUACGCUUUCCUCCCUAACUGUUUUCACUGCCAGUGGUACGACGUGUCUGUCCAGCGUCUUGCGUCGCCCGACGCAAGGGAAUCGAAGACAGUCUUCAAUCCAAAGCCCAUGGUUCUUGAUUCCACAAGCAAAAAUUUCUCUACAAGCAAACUGAGUUCCCUGCAUCCCCUUACACGAGACAAUUCGCGCGUCGGGGCUAUAGCUAUAAAUUUCACGUACAACUGGAGUGAGGCUGCAACACCGAACGAUGAUUUAUAAGCUUUCAAGUUAAAGAUUAAAAGGUUCAAGGUUUUUUUACAGUGGAGAGUGCAUUUAGUUUAUCCAGCUAGUCUACAGGCACUCCGCUCAAAUGAUUCUGAAAAUGAUGGAAAUAGAACAUAACGGGAUUAAAAACUCCAACUGGCGGGAGGCUGCACUGAGUUGGCUAUUUACAAGCGUUACCGAGGUUUUGAACUCGGGAUGACCGGGAACAAUUGCAGUAAGUAGCCAGAGCCGGGGAAUCGAACCCGGGACCGCCGGAUUGCGAGGCCGAUGUGCUGACAACUCGGCCACGCUGCCUCUUAAUACAGAUCUUAACAAAAGAGGAAUACUUCGUGAUUGUCACUAUUAUUUUUGGUCAUUUAGGAGGUUUUCAAGCUCUGUACAAGAAAACCUGCGUCGGGGUGAAGGUGAUCUUUCUGACUUAGUGGCUAUUAACAUCAAAAGAGGACGUGAUCGAGGAGCUCCCGGUUACAUCAUCUAUCGUAACCUUAAACUAUGUAACCUUACAGAAGUGAAAUCGUUCCUUGACUUGGAAAAAAAGGCUGGAUUUUACCCAAAGGACGUGGCCAACUUAAAAAAAAUUUACAAGGGAAGAAUUGAGGAUAUAGACUUGUUCACCGGAGGUUAGUCUUGAGUAUUAUCACAAUUUUAAUGAUUCAGUUUCUGUUUUAACUAUGAGUAACAUUAAUAUUCCGAAUAUUACCCGUCUUGCUAUUAGUCAUGAUGGGCAUUUAAACUGAUAGGACAAAGCACCACCCCUAAGUGAAGCCGAUGUUUUGUAGACUACGACUGGCCGAACCGUUUCGAAAAUGAAAACUGAGAAAAAGACCUCCGGUAAAAAAUAUCUGUAUUGUAUUAGGUGUAAUUAUAUUUACCAUUUUUAUUUACUUUAGCAGUGAAAAACAGCGAACAGAAACACAUACGCCGUUUCGUCUGUAUAGCUAUACUACCUGCAAACGAGACCCAGGGGCGGUCAGUUGCGUCAGGAAAAACAGCGGGGAAAGUUUUCAAGAACGGGCGGGAGAGCCCCUGGGAUGUUACUCUUAAAGUGCCUAUCACCUAAAAUUUUUUUAUUUUCUUACCUGAAACUACACCUUAUUGAAAUAACUUCUGCGAAAAAAUUUUUCGAUUUGAACCAAAGACGAUUUUUUCAGAAUUUUUUAAAAACGUUCAAAUUUGCCGCCAUUUUGGCACACCAUUCGUCUUAGUCUUCUUUCGGGGUAUGACGUACUUUAAGGAACACGUAACUUUAUCUACAGGAAAACAUUAAGAGUUCUGGUAGGUUUUUCUGUUUCAGAAAAACUUUCUUCGUGCGAAGACAUUGUGAUUCAAGCUUGUAAUUGAUCUUUUUUGUGUACAGCUAGUAAAGGAAAGGUAAUGCGAGUUCCUUAAUUUACGUCACAUGACGUCAUAUAUGAACCUGCUAUAGUUUGCGUGAUCAGCGGCGCGGGUGUACCGCAAAAAUGUCGACUUCAAAAAUUGGUUAAAAAAUCGCGUUUUGUUGAAAUGACAAAAUUUUUUCGCAGAAGUUAUUUUAAUAAGGUAUAGUUUCAGAUAAGAAAAAAUAUAAUUUUAGGUGAUGGGCACUUUAACGAGCAAGCUUGUACGACUCAUUCGAAAGCUUGACUGUGAUUGAGCACAAAAAUAUUUUUUUGUGCGUUAUCAGAGGCCAGCAUUUAUCGCACUGCUUUCGUCAUCUUAUACGAAAGAGUUUACAUGUUUACCUACCUUUUUGUGCCCAAUAACAGACAAGCAUUUGAAAAUAAAAGAGUCGUAGAUCUGGCUCUAAAGAGUAGCAUCCCAGGGGCUCUCUUGCCCGUUCUUGAAAACUUUCACCGCCGUUUUUUCUGACCAAACGGACCGCCCCUGGGUCUCUGAGAAUGCUCCCAACAAUGUUGGAUGUUACAGAAUGAUUUUAAAUACAAAAAGAAUUCACAACUCCUUUUGAAGAAAUUUCGCCGCAAGAGCCAAACAAAUGCCUUCAAAAGUUUCAUUUAUCGACAAGAAAAAGCGACGACCUCGGCCGUUCGGUCAUUGCGCGUCAAAACUGUAAUCGUUUGCAACAGUAAAUGAGUUAAAAUCAUCAUUUUUGUGCUCAAUAAUAUCUCACUGUUUUGGUACAACUAAAACAAUCAUUUGCCUCAGUGUCGGUGGCUAGUCAUGUUGGGAGUUGCUGCGUCCGCUGGCACGUAGCUUUUGAUAACCGGUUAGAAUAUAAAUCUACACAUGACUACCUUUAAUUUUCAUUGGCUGUCUAAUUGUCCAAUUUUGACCUGUCCGAUAAUAUGAAGCUUCUGCUCGGACAGUUCUGGGACUGGAAAUAAAGCUUUAAUAAGCUAUUAAGCCUCGUGCCAGAAGUCGGACGCAACAUUAGAGAGAUUUAGAGCCACGUUUACGCCAAGCGGCAAACGCGGAAUUUGUACCACGUGAUCAAGUUUUUCCCUAACUGUCGUUUGCUGUUUAUUACUUCUCAAAUUGUAUCUGGUACAUGCCGUUUGCCGUAAACGUGACCCUAAAUCUCUCUUUAUAUUCUUUGCCAGCAACUCCUAACAUUAGAAGUUAAUGGUAGAUGUCGCUUCCGUUUGCAAACUUAGCUGUUACAUGGUGUUGCGAGUUGUUGGGAGUUGUUUCGCAAAGUUUGAAACCGGACAAACUUUUAGCUAACGGACGCAACAACACCCAACAAUGUUUGGAGUUGUUUGUCAACAAUGUUUCCUCCGUUUGCACGAGGCUUUAACGGCUGUUAGAAAAAGCACACGCACGUCACGCAUUUCGAGUAUGUUGUUAUAAUAUUGACUGAGACGGUUAGAAACCGAAAUAAAAAUGACCAUUUUCCAGUCUUUGAGAGAAGUUUUAAGUUAAGCACAUGGAAGAUUUCGGUGGCUCUCUGAGAAAGUAAAUUCUUAAUUUAAAUAGACAUGUCCUAAAAUUUAAAGUUGUUUUUAUUCAAAUAAACAUAUUUUUCGAUACAAACCCAAGCAGUUUUUACCGAUAAACAGACUGGAACUUGGGAAAGCUGCCCUUUUUCUAUGGCCUCCUCCAUAUAAUUUUUUCUACUGUAUGCAUCUGCAAGGUAAGCUUUAUCUGCUAUUCGAUUCUUUUUUAGGAAUGCUGGAAGGAGUAGACCCUAAAGGAGGAGUCCUGGGACCAACAUUCCAAUGUAUUGUAGCAGAGCAGUUUAAACGCCUCAAAAUCGGAGAUCGCUUUUGGCAUGAAAACGAGGCUAACGCAUACUUAAACACCGACAAGACAGCAUUCAACCAUUGCCAGCUUCGAGAACUCAGAAAAACACUCUUUUCCAAGAUAAUCUGUGAAAAUAGUGAUGACUUUCCGGCUAUUCCCAGAUGGGCCAUGAAACAAUCUAAAAUAAGAGUGUCUUGCGACGCGCUGCCAAAACUCAACCUUGAGGCAUGGAUUCCUAAAUGUGAAUCAGAAUGGAAUAUUUGGCAGGGUAAACGUUGAAAGUGUGGGUUUGAAAAAUCUUUUCAUUUAUCUUUAUCCAAAGGUAAUAUAGAUAUAUACCGAGCACAAUUCCCGCCCUUACAACUAGCUUUGAGUUCGUUUCGUAGUGUUUAUCCAGGGGACAGGGGCACCCAACGUCAAAUUUUAGAAAAUAUCUGUUCGGAAGACGAUUUGAGAUCUAGAAUUUCCGGAACAUUUGUUUUAAAAUUUUUUUGCUGGUCUGCCUCUCCCAGGAUUUUCGAACAUAUUAAAAAAUGGUAUAAUAAUUGCCCGUUUUUAACGGAUUUUCACCCUAAAAAGGUCAACUAGAAUUUUCGGUAGCCAGUUUUUUCUGGCUGAAACUUUUUGGAUCCCUAUAAUUUUCGGAUCACUAGUCUUUCAGCUAGGAAAUCCAAACAGAUGAAAAAUUUUUAGGGGAUAGAAGUAUCCCUAUAUCUACUGUUUAAAUACUAAAAUACGUUCAACAAUUGUUUAAGUGGUUUUUUGAACCAUGAUAUUCUCGUUGGGUGCCCGAUUCCUGCAAACUUACAGUGUUUGUAUGGGGAUAAGUUACUAUCCUAAAAUUUGUAAGCAGUAUCAAACAAACUUCAAUAAAACUCUCUCUGCGGUGUAAUUUGUUGUUGUUACCCUUAAUGAUCACACGAAGUUUGUUGUUAAUAUGUCUUCCAUACAACAAGCCCUCAAUACAAUAAAAUGGACCAGGUAGGUAGCAAGAGAUGAAAUCUUAAAAGCCGCCAUUGCUCCCUUUUCAACACCACUUUUUCCACGAAAUUCGGAAUCUAAUGGUAAAUAAACACGCUAUAGGCUCUUUAAAAACGACUGCCCCUGAGAUAUGGAAACCAAAGAAGCUUCCCCAGCUAACAAAACGAAUCCAACAGACUUGGUAAAACCCGAAAGAGAGCUUUAUCCUCUCUUAAUUGUAAAACUUGAGGGCAAAUUUUAGGGACUAUUUGCAAUUUUAAAAUGAAUGACUAAAUAUUUAGCUAAUAACCGAGAUCUGAGAUCCAAAAAAGUAUUAAGUGAUGUCAGACAAACGAACUGAAAUUUAAAAUUUCUAAACUGAAAUUUAUAUUACACUUGACUACGAGAUACAGGUUAACGAGGGGGGUGAAUAGGGGUAUGCAAAUCCGCCGAGCCGUUAUGAUUUAUUAACCAAAUCCGCCGUUAAAUUUUCACUAUGAAUCCGAGAUCCGGGCAAAAAUAUUUAUAUUACAAGCAGAGUCCAAAAUCCGGGACCAAAAAAUAGAUGAAUCCGCAUUCCGCUGCAGUUGCAGGAUCCAGAAAUCCGUUAAAAUCUCGCUUUGAAUCCGAAAUCCGGGCAAAAAUAUUUGCAAAAUCCGCCGAUCCGUUCGCCUAUUCACCCCCCUCGUUAACCACCCCUUGACGACUCGAAGACCCUCCAUUGCACAAAACAACGCCGCAAGAACGGCUCUAAAUAAACAAAAUGAAUAAAUGUUGAGGAAAACAAAAUGCAAAAUGUUCUAUAGCCGAACCUUAUAGACACCUCCUUUCAACAUAAUAUUAUUGAGACGACUUUCAUCUCGAUCGAAUGCCUUCCAACUACCUCAACUUUACGAUUGAUUGAGUAAUUCAUUGAUAAUUAACGUGGACACCUUUUUCGCUCUUUACUCAGAUGGUGUAAGUGCUCUGCGGCUUAACUGUAAUUAUGCUUGUUUGUGGACUAGGCAAUAUCAGGUUAGAAACUAAAGGCAAUACAACAAAGAUCAUUUUGAAAUUGGUUUGAUUCCCGUCACGACAGCCACCCCGCUGAGAUCUAAUGUUAGGAUGAUUUUUAUGGACAAGACUACCUUCAAGAGCAAGCGUGAAAUAAUUAAUAAAGCUGAAAAAACUGGCAUGUAUUUGACGUCUUAUUGUGCUGACGUCAUUUAGAAGGAAAAUUAAAAAAGGAAAUUUCAAUCAAGCAAACUUUAAUCAAGUUCUCAUGGCAAGGAAACGAAACUGUGUAUUUACUAACCAUUACUUGCAAUGGUUCCUACAAAUGUAUCCGAUGUAUCUGUGUAGGUUUAUCAAGAACUCUACAUACAGUGUGAAACAGAAUUCACCUUACCUUUUUAUGGGCGUGACUAAUGAAAACUAUUAGAAGCAAUACUCUCCUGUAUGCUGUUUACGCCCCCGCUACCUAAAAUGAAUAAAUCUAAUAAGACUCCUCCAGGGUUUUUUCAACUUUUGGCUCGGACCUGCAGUAAGCGAAAAUCCGACCAACACGGCAGUGUAUCUUUCCAGUAGUUUUGAUUCGCUCACUGCUCUUCAUCAAAAGUCAAAAAACCCUCGGAGGGAAGGGUCUGGAUUCGUAAAGACCAAUGAAUCUUGAAAGUUUCAUAUGGAUCCAUCUUCGAAGAAACCUGUUGACAAGUUUGAUUAAAUUGAAGGUUCCUAAUUGAAUGCUUUUAUUGUAAAAUGCAAAAAAAUUUUAAUCGUUAUUAACCCUUUAAGUCCUAAGGGUGAUCAGCAUCAAAUUUCUCCCUGUAAUAUCAAUGCUUUGUAAAACAGAAUGGUCAUGAGAAUUACGGACAUGAUCACCCAAGAUGAAUUUGCUUGAUAUUUUGUCACCUUCUCUCCACUACUUUUGUAGGAAAUGAAUAGAGGCAACAAAUGAGAAUCAAAAUUUUGAUCUUAGGGUGAAAGGGUUAAAAGUACGGGCAAACUGGCGAUAAAUAUAAGCUAAGGCGGGUAUUGAGUAGCUUUUUGAGACCCUCUUUCACUGGCGCAUGUCGGUUAAAAUUUCUGUAUGUCUUGCUAUCGCUAAAACCACAGAGUAAAAGCUUCAAUUUUGUUUUUAUUUCAGUCAGUAGAGAUCUUACAACUGCUAACAGACAUGCAAUUUGCACUAAAAUAGCAAACCUAGUAAGUAAAAGGUGAAAAUAUGUGAGUCGCUACUCAACAGCUUUAGCUUUGUUUUGUUUUAAAAAUGGUUAAUUAAAACAAAAAAAUUAAAAUAUUAAAUACCUGGGCCAAAACUUUGAUGUCUAAGUAAAAUUUAGAAUACGUGUUCACAAAGACUUUACGUCAGUUGCCUAAAUCAAAGCCCCGCCCGGGAUCAAAGCUUGUCAGCUGAGCGGAUAAUAUACUGUUUCACUAGUCACGGUUACCUGUUAGCAUUGUUUAAGUGCUCAAAACAGUGAGAGAUCGAAGACAUCAGUAUAAUGCACAUGUAUGCAGUUCGGCGUUACUUAAUGAAAAAAAGAGCUGAUAAUAUCAACUAAGGAAAGAUUUAGAAUCUGUACGACGAAACGUGUGAUCAAAUCAAGGCCGAGAACACUUGUGAGAACUGCGACAAAAACUCAGGACCUUGUGCCCAAGUUAGCGGUAACUUGCUAAUAGCUAUACUCACGAACUAUCAUGGUGAUAUUGCUUAAGCUGACUAACGAGAAAUUGCUAAAUGAUUAUUCAUUUUAGAUGUCACUUUCUUCGUUCUUGCACGGCUCUUCAUUACGAAAAGUGAUAUAUUGUCACUGUAUUGUAACACUGGCCAGUUCUAUAUUUAACAUAGUCUGAAUAGCCAUGAUACGGAUUGUGUCUUUCAUUGAUGUCAUAUGACGACAUAUCUAAUAACUAUUCACUCAUCAGGAUUGCUACGGUUCGCACAUUAAUCACGGCGCGGGUGUCUCCCUUCAAAGUUAACUUUACCUUUUUUUCUUGAGAAUUAUGAUACUUCCCAAACCCCUUUCCUCUUAGCUUUCAGGAUCUAUUUGUUCAUGUCCUGUGUGGCCAAGACGAUUUAUAAGUUCUUAGAGACGUUUCGCAUCACCGUAGAACUUGUCAUAUCGUUUCUCAUUAGUACAGUUCAGUAGCUGUUUCGUUCAAAGGAAAUGCUCGUUUUGCCCGUAAGAGUUUGAAAGGGUCAACAAUAACACUCAUCAACAGUGCAUUAGACCUGGAUUUCGCUGAUAACACUGAAAAUCAGUGGGUUUGGAAUAGAGCAUUUCAAUCUGUGAACAGACUGAGCGGCUUCUAAGAACAUUUGAACAUUUCAUGAACGGAGAAAUAACUAAUUAAAUAAAGAUCAGUCUGGUAAGUUAUCACUUCACUUUUUUGCACAGAAAUUUGCAAUUGUUCAAAGUUUCACGAGCUCCAACACAACUUCAGUGCUGUUCGUGUCAUCCCUUUCCUUUUGAAAUUCACAUCCAUUUUGGUACGUUUUGUGUUGAUAACGUGAACUUUAUUUACUAUGCCGUGAAUGUCCUGUUUCCAUCUCAUUCUACAAGGCCGGGAACAGGUUUUGUUCUUACCUCCUAACUUUAUCUCCCUUCGGACUGUCAUUCUUCAGAGGCCGAUUGAAUUUCGCUUACUACUGAUGAAUCUCCCAAUAUGUUCUGACCACUCUAAAUCUUAAGGAUUAAGUUAUAAUUUCACUUUAUUAAAUUCCCACUGAGUUGAGGGCAUUUUUUGGCAAUUGAACAUGAAACAAAUUUCAUUUCUGUCAAAGUCCCGCGUCUUACAAAAGGAAAGUGUCUGUCGGAGUUUAAAGAAAUGGGAGAGACGACGUCAAUCCAACCUCGUUGAUAAUGUGCAUUUUAGUAAAAGUAAUGAAUUUGCGAACUUUUUUUUUUUCAUUUCAAGAUUAAUGGAUGCUCAGUGAGAUUGCUAAACAUGAACAAAAGAAUUACUAAUCAGAAGAGCAUAUAUUGGUUUCAGUGAAGUUCCGCAGGAAAAAUUCUACCGCAUCGAACACUGAUUUGCCGGCCGGAUUGUUUGAUUGUUGAUAAUCCUCGGUCAUUAACCAUUUUUAAUCAUUACCGCCCACAGCCAAUAUCUUUGCAGAAUAAAAAAAAUAUAUAUAAAAAAGAAAUAUAAAAUCCAACGCAGUCCAGUUUCCAGCUGGCUUGCAAAGAUAGAAAGAGUAUCAAUUGAAAGUAUUUUAUAUUCUAAAGAAGGAUUGUUGUCAUGUUUUUCAAAGCACACUUCUCUGCACUACAACACGGAAAAAGGAAAACCAAAGACCAAAAGAAGUUUACUUAAAAGCUGUAUCGUGCUUACAUCAGCGUAAUUUUACCGAGACCUUCUCAGUUGGGAUCGAGAGAGGCACUGGAAGAAAUGAUAGUCGCUAUCAUUCCUUCCCGUCCCUCUCUGGCUAUUAAUUCACCUUACACUUACAAUAACAUUUUAAAUAAUUCACUUAAUAAGCCAAAACCCGGUUGAUAUGAGAUUUUAUGGGGGCAAUCAUUUACACAAGAUUGAACAAGCCAAGGUAGAUUCAAACCGUAAGUAACUAUCUGACCCGGAAAACCGCUCUUCGUCCACAUGCACAGUCAUGCAAGUGUUAACAAUUGAGCCAUCGGUCUUACACCAAGUCAAUCAGUAGAGUCAACAACUCGCUUUUCAACGCUUAGCUAAUCUAAAAAUUGAAACUAUCAUAGGUCAAUUGAUCUACAUCUAAUACAUCAUCUUAACCUGUCUGACGUGUAGCUAUAAACAUGCAAGCUACGCCAAAGCGUAAUUUGUCAAACAAGGAUGGUGUUCAGUCCUGUUUUCUAAACGCUUAAUGAUUCACUUAAGCCGCAGCCGGAUGCAUUCAAUAAAGAGUUUGCCAGAUACAUCUAAAAGUGGAUUUUUUUCGUUGAAAACAUUGAAAAAUCAGCCUCAAUGAUUAUGAGGUCUAGAGAAAAACAACUACUAUAAACAUUUCAUGGAUGAAAAUAUGCUCCACAGAAUAUAUUUCAUAGAUGGAGAAACACAAUUAAUAGUAAUACGUGAUUUUUUUUCUUUUAAAUGUAUAAGCUUUAUCGACCGUAUUUUGAUUAAGAAAAGAUUUUGAAGCCCAACAAUUGAUCCUACCUCAAAAUCAGCCCUACUUAGUAAAAUGUAAAAGUUAACCUCUCUCAGCCAUCUAUGUGCUGUUUGUGUAUGUCGUUCGCCUAAUUGUCAAUUGAAGUAGUUUGAAAUUUCCGCCUAUUUUCAUUUUCUUUUGAUAAAAGCAAUUUUUAUCCACUCUGCGCGCAAGCUUCUACACUUUCGUCGUUACCUCAUAACGUCUGUUACUGGCUCCUUUUUAUGUAGAAACGGUUGUCCCGGGAAAGAGGCCUCUGUCCCCAGUGUCUCCCAGCCGAUUCAAUUUUUAGCGAGCAUUUAACAAUGUGAGAAAAAAUUGACACCUUUGUCCCGAGCCAACAGCUUACGCGCAUGCUUCGCCUUGUCUUAUAUAGUCGCGUUGAUCAUUGACAGAUUUGACACUCCUGGGGCUAUCCAUAGUGUUAAUACGGAGAAAUUAGUUAAUUGGCCCUACGGAUCGGAAGGUGACCUUACCAUCGAGGGGAGACACGGCAGGCGAAUCUUCCUUCCCGCCAAAACAACUUUUCGUUUCGAUCUCAUGUAAACAGUUCGCAAAGGUUUGUAGGAAAUUUAGGAAACGUUGGCUCACCCAAAGUAGCUCGGGUAGGCUAUUGACGCUUCUACUCGUGAUGAUUCAAUCGGUUUAUCGGUAGUAAGACCUUUAUCCGUACAUUUUUUAGGAUAUUUGGAUGUUCCGUGCAGUAUAGUUUUUCCACGUCCUGGUGCAUCCAGUAUACUAAACUAAACCGAGGGUACACAGCGACUAUGUAUUGUAAACAGUGAGUCACUGGUUCAUCAAUUGCAUCUGACCCUGUCAACUUUGUGAAAUUUAGGGCACAAUCGAUUCGGACGAAAGCCGCUCGCCUGAGUUGUCAGUUCCAUAAACAAUCUUCGACCGACAAUAAAAAAUACUUAAACAAUAUUAAUCAAUUAUAACUUACAUGCAAGCAAAUUUAUACUAAAUCCAUGUUUUGUUUGUUUGUUUGUUUUUUUAAUGAAAAAUUAUGGUGACGAAAAACUAGAACAGUCCCGGCUCAGUUUAAACACUCAAUCAUAAUGAACACGUUACGUAAUAGCACUCAAUGUGCAAUUGAUAAAAGUACAGUAAGCAGCUUUAAAGAACAAAUUUAAACUAUGUUUUACCAAAAAAAACUUUUAAAUAUGUUUAAGUUUUGAUGUGAAUGAGGCUCUGGUUAACCCCCUCGGUUGAGAAUCACUGACUGAAGACGAAGCAACACUACCUGCGUCUAAGAAACGUUAACCACAUUGAUUUGCGGUUUUACACUUUAGUUGAAGUUUAGUAAAUUGUUUGAUUUCCUUAAAUCCCUCUGGUCAAUAUUAACUCACUGAUAUUGUGAAACAUAAAAAUAUUAUGUAACCAAUAAUUGGUUUUGAAUUUGCCUGUAUUUAGCGAUAGCCAAAAUCUGCCGCACCACGUUAUAUAACUGAUUUGCAAGUUUAUCUGUUUCUCGGGCAUUAAUCCUUUCUAACCACUUCUCACCUACAAGACCAAUAUCUUAGUAAAAUAACUGAAAGGGACAUCACCGACAAGUGACUUACAUAAGAGCCCCAUGAAACUGAGCAAAAAGACGAUAUCUCGAGUGCUUCGUCCAGUAAGACAUAAGACCAAUAAAACAGAGAUCCUAUACAUUUGGUCAAUGCCACGAAUUGGUAAUCCACAUUACACAAAAGUUGUUUUGGAUCACUCACGUGACUAGAGCCUCCUAAAAACACGUCACUAAAACGUAGGAACGUCAUUUACACUGCUUGGACGCUGUAACGAGGCGGGUUUGCUCGUUAUCGCUUUUAAAACUGACCAAUGCUGUUUAUAUCCUGCAAAGACUUUUGCGUCGUAAUCCGCUGAAAAAACUGGCGAACUCGAAAACCAAGACCUUAAAAAGUGUUGCAUAAAAAUGCUUCUAAAUAUGGUAACCCACUUUGUAUGAAAGAUAGUAUCUCUUUAUCCUCCAAGAUUUUGUCCAAUUUUGUUCGGAAUCUUUAAAAAACACGUUGCAUCACAAUGAAAGUAAAACUCGUUUGCAAGGACGAAGCAAGACACCGCAAGCGAAACGAAAAAUAGAAAUAUAUGACAAAUACAUUUUUAAGAUAACGAUGGAUUCACUUCAUGUCAUUUGCUACAUUUUCCUCUAAGUUUUCCUUCCUUCAUAGGUAAUUAAUAACAUUGUAGCCCCCAUCCCCAAACUUCCGGUUGACAGUAGGUUAAAGUCCUUUUUACCCCAGGCCCGAGGAAAGAUUAUUCAGCGAAACGACAUAAUUCUUCUUGAAUUUUUCACGAAGAAAGAUGAAAAUCCAGUAUUGUCAUUUCCAUGUAAUUGUGCCAUAUAUCAGUUGGUUUGCCUGUUUCGUUUCAGUUGAAGAUCGUGUUACGUAACGUAUAGAAUAGACGUUUUAGUUUCUGGCAUUUCGAACGAAAAAUGGACUUUGCUGGAUAAUAAAAUGUAAAAAAAUGCAAACAAGCAAUCAUCACCCGGUGUGAUGCUAAAACUUGUAGUUACUACUGGUGAAUUUUCAGUAGAUGGCAUUAACCGUUCAGUUUUCGAGGUCUUAAAGUGAUGUUUCAAGGGACGAUUCGCAACUAUGAUUUUUAGCGCAACACAGCGUUGCAACAACAUUGUUGCGACAUUGUUUCAAAUGGUUGCAACACUGUUCCAACAUUGCAACGCUGUGUUACGCUAAAAAUAGUCGUUGCGAAUCGUCCCGUGUAACAUCGCCUUUAAAGGUUUUGAGGUCUUGGAGGUCUUGGUUUUAGAAAUAGAAACAAACCUACGCAAUAAACCCACCCCGGCUUCCGGUAGGCAGGGAAGACAAAGAAGGAUUUUGAACACGCCCAAUAAAACCGUAACAACAAUUACAGGAAAAACCACAAACCGAAAGGAGUUUAUUCAAAUCUCUAUCGGUAGUACUUACAUCAGGCGUAAUUUUCUCUUUCUAAACGGGGAAAGUUGAGGUUUUUAAUCUGCUCCUGCACAUUAGCAAACAUAUUUCUAAGACUCAGGGACGAAAAUCACACCAUCGAGCACUAAUCGCAGACGAGUUAUCUGUGACCUUGAUUGUUGAUUGUAGUUAAAUUUUACAGUUGAUACCGCGCAUCGCCUUUGUCUUUCCCUAUACUGCAUGCAGAAUCGAACAAACCGUCAUUGGAUCAGCUGUGCGAUCGCGUUACAAACCUGGUAAAUAUUAUCCAACGCUCCGGAAAAACAGCUGAAGGUAAUGAUUGUCCACGAGUAACAACUGCCUCGCUCAGAAAGCUCCGCUUUCCAAGAUGUUCGUUCCCACCAAGCAUUGGAAAAUAUUUCACGAGAUUUGUAACACAAUCGCAUUACGGUUUGAUAGGUCAAGUUCGUCUUCGAUUCUACAGUAAACAGAGGCGAUACUCAACUGUAAAAUUUAACUACAAUUAAGGUCACAAAUAACUCCUCUGCGUCCAGUGUGCAUCAGGCGCCGCGUCAAGGAGGACAUCACAAUCAAACAAAGACACCUUCUCUGAAUCAGGACGAAGGACUGGACCUCUGGGCCAUGUAGAAUAUAUAUUCGAUUUGUUUUGAAAUUGUUAAUCUGGGUUUUGUUUUCUAAAUAAGUUGGAGAAGGUAGCUAGAGCAUUUAAAGAAGAAAAGGGGCUCUUGUAAUUUAUGAUUGAUCUCAUUUCCCGUCGCCCGAACUCCCUGCUGAUGAAAAAAUACUGUGAUCCUUUAAAUUCUUCAUCACAGAACUUAGUCGAGUCCAGUUCGGUCUGUUAUUAUACGAUUGAUUAAACACUUAAUACAGAGAUAUUGAGAAACAGGAAAAAAAGAUUGCGUAUAUUCCGCCUAUCGUGGGGGAGCUAUUGGUUUUGUAAUUAGCUAAAAUCUGCCUCAUCACCUUACAACAAUGUUUUUGAAUAAAUAAUUUGCUUGCUCGUCGAUAACUUGUCGGUCAUGAAUCAUUUAUACCCGUUAUCGCCCACAAACCAUUUGUGAGAAUAAAGAGGAAAACAAGUUAGGAUAAUAGAAAUACAUCCAACUUCUUACAGCUUUUAGUUGGCAAUAACAUGAAUAACAUAAAGUUAUUUCGACAAAGGGGGAUUAUUUUAUGGUUAAGUUUCACCACCGUACGUAUACAUUGUACAAUGAAGCCACUAUUUCAGCAAUACAUGUAGCAAAGUUAUUAGAACAGGUAAAAUUGAAAUGGCACGCUAAAUAAGAAAACUACAAAGCAAAUUAAAGAAGUUAAAGAAGCUGAGAAAUCACAGAAGUUUAAUCCGGAUCUAAAAACUUAGAGAAGAACUUCCUCAAAAGGUUUUAAAGCGUGUAUCACUAUCUUGGGGGGUUUGGAAGGUUUUUUACACGAAUUCGAAAUGGCUUCAAAAUCCCACAAACCCUUCUAACCCGGUAACCUCUUCGACAUAAGUACAUCUGUAAGUGUUUACAUGAGACCUAUAAGCUCUCCCGAUCCUGGGUCAACCUUAGUGAAUAUACAACUCGUUGUCUAUAUCUAUGUCAAUAGUGAACAGGGCUCAUAUAAACUCAUAUUACUGUCUCGUCAAUAAGGACUGUUUGUCUUUGUAUACAUUUCGUGAUAGCUCUAUACAUCACAAGAUCACAAUAUCUGCGGCUUAUUGAUCCCUCUAUUUCUUUAUUGCUGAUUGUCUGUAAGCGAUUGUUGUUCCUGCAACUAUAUCUAACUCAGAGACACGAAUUUUUUGUCUUUGUUUUUAGUAGACUGGAUCACCUUUCGGAGGAGCAAACAUUUUUCCCAAGAUAUUUGUAAGGCUCGGGGGUAAAAAGUUCGGAUGACCGCGUUCCAUAUGUCUAGGAUAUUCUGAAUUUUCUACUAGCUUACCCAGAAUUUUGUUACCUAGCUUUUUUUUUUCUUUUCUUUUUUUUUUUUUUUUUUAAAGCAUGGAAAAACUAUUUGUGACACCUCUGACGCAUUUUGAAUCAUUCGGUCGUUUGACUGCCCCUGCUAUAAUUGUCGUGACCCGUUCAUAUUAACAGGAUGUCUAAAAUGCAUGCAAUUAAAUACUGGUUUCCCGCUCCAUUAACUACAGAUUGCAGAAAUUUUAAGAUUAACCACCCACAAUGUGAGCACAGUUACUGACAUGACAUAUUACUAAGGUGAAUAAAUAAAUGUAUCCCGUUAAAUUCUUAACUCAAUUUUUUGAGGUACUGAAUGAGUCAACAAAAACGCGCGCGCGACUCAGAUAUUAACGUUCGUCUUACCCCUCUGCCGGAGUGUCAACGUCAGUUGCGCCAAAGUUUAAAGGGACAAUAGAAUUGUGUCUUUAAACGUCAAACUCGUUAAGAUAAUUAAUACGUUAAACAUUAUUUCCUCAACUGUGUCGCCUCCAAUGAACGAUAUCUUCUAGUAUUGAACUCGGUAUUCUGUAUAUCAAAUCCUCGUACCAAUAUCCCAAACAAACAGCCUUUUGCACGCGGUGUUAUAAAGACGAAGUCGACAAACGAAUUAGCAAAAGUAAGAAGGCAAAUAAGUUAAAUCGUUUCAUUAAUAAAAUAUAUCGUUCAGUUGUUUCGCCAUUGAAACAAGUUUUUUUCGGCCAACUUAAUCGCCAUCAAAAAAGAGCGUGUCAGCAGAUAUCAAUUGGCUAAUGAGUUUGUUUGAAAAGACAAAAAAGAUUAAAGAUCAUUAAUACCCCUCUUUCGUCACAAAACAAAUGAAUAAACAAAAUAUUGCUUUUAACAGUCCUCUGCUGUUUCCGUAGGUAUACCUGAAAAUAGCAACCAGUUCACGUAAGUAAAGAUAUAAGCUUAAGCGGUAAGAAGACCCUUUGUAAUAUUGCUUUUGAGGUUAUUCGACACCGAGAGACUUCCCCCCCGCCUUGACAAGAGGUAGUCAGAUAAAAAUGAUAUAAAAGGAAGAAAGUUGCUCAGAUAACUUCACUGCGAGCAGCAAGCUCACUAGAAAAGAUACCGAGGCCUCAAGUCAAAGGAUUCUUAGACUGCAGUAUCUUGGUUUCUCUACUAAAGCUUCGAUAAGGUACUUAUUCAGAAAGUUUUCUCUUACAUCAUAUCCAUCAAUGUUGGUAAAUAAGUUGAACAACUUUUAGUUAAAUAUUGCACUUAAGCAUAUUCCAUGAACUAAAUCUAGACCGGCAAUCGUUACUCUUUUUACGAAGGCACUAUGCAAUUUUUUAUUCAAUGAGUCAACGUUUACGAAGAAAGAUUGUUGUAAUCGAUGUUGUUGUCUCUUUUCAAGAAUAAUUUAAGGUGUUUAGUUUCUUAAAUCAAUGAUGAAAACUCAACUCAAUUAGGAUAUUCUCUUUUUCGCUCGUACGAGUCGUCUGAAAAAGAAUCUUUUUAAAGCUUUGUUAGGUUUUAUCUUGUAUAGUUUUGUUCACACCUUCAAUUUACCCAUGCAUCGGUUGUCUUAAAGCAUUUAACAGAUAUUUUAGGUCUGUUAGCCCUCAACAAAUCGUUCUGCUGAAUAGUCAGAGUGUCAAACUAGCUUUCCAGUGGUCCUGCGAUUCAGGGUCAGUUCACUAUGACCAAUUGAGCUAGAUUUACUUUAAUUUUGGUCGCUGCGAGUUUAAAUCCUUGCCCAUGAUUGUAACCAAAUGGCCGAUUCCUGCCACGUUGUUUGACCUAAUAGGUUCUAUUUAAAUUAUUUCAGUGAUCCAGAUUAUUUUAGUCAGCGCAUGUCACUUAGUGCAAAUAAGUUUCGCAUUAUUUUACAAGACAAUACUGAUUCAUCAAAAUAUCCAUUUUCUUGUCUCAACAGUCGGAAAGGGAGAAGCAGUUAAAGAGAAAAUGAAAGCAACAAGGUAUUAUGCUACCUUUUUUACUUUCACCUAGGAACACAGGGAAGAAAUAUAAGAAACUAUAGUUAACUACUCAGGGGCCGACAGUCACUCUCUGCCUUCGAAAACCUAACAUUUUUUUGUCCCUUCAUUUACAGGCUUAAAAAUCUUCCCGGUUUAAUGUAAAUUUCUCUUACAGACAUCACUUUUUAAUUUACGGGCACAAUACUGACAAAGCGAUUCCUGGGGAGCUUAUUUGUUAGCGGAAAGCUAUUAUCUGCGCACUGUUUUGUUCACAGUUUGAGUUAGUCAAGAUACCAAAAGCUCGACGGCGAAAACGUCACUUAAAAAGUGAAAGACUUCAUCGCUUUUAUUCCAUCUCGUUCAAUUUUUCAAAUGCAGGCGAGAUAUUUUUUUGGCAGCGGGGAUCUUCCAUAACGUAAAAAUAGAAAGUUUCAAGUCGUGCUUGUGCGACAACGUCAUACCAAAGAGCGUCGGAUACAUGCACGUGCAAAGUCGUUGUUUUGCGAAUCUUUCUUGUUGCCGUCGAUCGAGAUUAUUACGAAUAUUCAACUGGUAAGGGUCUCGAAAGAUGUUAAGAAGGAGUUGUUUAUAAGGAUGUAAUUAAAAGCCUGAGGUUCGUGUGCCACCUUUUUCCUAUUUUCAACAUUUUGAAGUUGCCUGUGAUCUAUUACUAAACAGACACUCCCCAUAACUGGGCCAAAUUCUAUUUGAUAAAUAGAACCAAUUAUAGACAAAUGUGGUCAGUUGUUAAUAAUGCGGACACAUAGCUCGGUCCCUUCAGUUUCCUUAUUACGUGAGUUUGACUUGUAUUCUAAUUUAUCAAUUCACUACUUUCACAUAGACCAUAAUGCACCUUGCUUAGCCCCUAAAAUUUUGCAUAACUCUUGUUUCCAAUUUCUCCUUGGGGAAUAACAGUCGUCCCGGGGAAAUCCAAGACACUGGUUAUGCAAGAUGUUGGGGAAAAACAAGGUGCAUUAUGGUCUAUGUGAAAAUGGUAAAUUGUUCAUUGCCCACCUAAAUUGGCACAUCAACAGUUCAGAGAUCUUAAUCUUAAUUAACGUAAUUUUGUUUUGUUAUUUAAAACUGACACUUGAGAAUGGAACUGAAAAAGAUCAGUAUUUUUGAAACUGCACCACUGACUGUCUACAAGUCUUUCUACUGGAAUCCUUUGCUGAGUUUAUUCUUGACUGCUUUUACGUUUAUGACUCCCAGUCACUGUUACAUUUUUAAUUAUUGCCAAAGUGUAAUCAGCAUACCAAAGUUCAACUAUUCACAAAGUUAAAUUGCAUUGGUGCGAGUUAAAGGCCCUUUGCAGUUAGUCAUUGUACAAAACAGCCAUGGGUACAUGUACAUCGUGGGCGCUUUCCAUUCAACGAAAACGUCCGGUUUGAAAUUUUUGGCAACUUCCAGUAGCGAAUGGAACAGCAUUUUCCAAAAUUUCCAAAAAAGAGCAAAACCUCGCGAGGUAUACCCAAAUUUUCGAAAAUGUUUUCCCGGAAGUUUCCUUUCCAUUCAACUUUGCUCCCAGAAUUUCCAGAAUUUUCGGUUGAAUGGUUCGCAUUUCGGAAAUUCAACAGUUUCAAGAAUUUCCGGAAACUUUUCCGGAAAUUUCGGUACCAUUGCCGCUGUUUCCAAAUUUUCGAAAGUUUUGGUUGAAUGGAAAGUGCCCCAUGUAAAAUGGUAACUUGCUUUGUUUGUCUCACUCCAGUGCGUCCCUUCCUCUCCAGCAUGGCUGUUUUGUACCACGUGAAUGACUAUCCGUAAAGGGCUUAUUCAGAGCCAUCCAAGCCAGGUGUUUCGAAAAAAUAAAGUGGCUUUAACACAAAUUUGGAAUUUAAACUUGUAAAAAGUGUGCGUGUUUUACCCUGAAAGCUAAAAGCUAAAAGCUUCAAGUAAAAAGUGUGAUAGUCCUGAUCCAUCAAACAAGAAGUCCUAAAAAUGCUAUAAGCCAUAUCCAAAUACAAUAAAAACCGGCGACUAAGAAACUGGUUGAAUCCGUUUGGUUAAAAUUUGCCAAUUAGGCCCUCUCUAUACAAGAACCUGUUUAGCCUAAAAUUUGAAACAGGUUCUUAUUUUCUAAAGUCUAUGAAAAAAAAUUCUGUACACGUGGGUAAAUAUUAAGAGUGUAAGUCGACAUUAAAUAUCCUGUUUGGAGACAUUAGUGCCUUAUUCGGCUCCAACUGCAAUUGUAAUUGUAUGCAGGUUUUACCUAAGGAAUGAGCUGAAUACCGCACAAUGUAUUUUACCUUAGAAUAUAAGAACCUAUUUAACAACCUAAAUAGCCUACAUUUGUACUAAUUACCAUUUACGUGAGAACCUGUGUAGGCUAACUUGGGACAAUGCAGGUUCUUAGUCGCAGGAUUAAGGUAUCUUAUUAGGUUAAUUUUAGAUUUCCGCUCUCUUUGUUUCCAUUUCAGCAUUCUCUUAUGCAUUGCUGUUAUUGUUGGCACUUACGAAGUACGCCAAGCAUCGUCUUCUGAUGCAGCAGCCAAACUGGUUUUGAAGAUACUGAAGAAUAGAGCAAACUGCGAAACACCCCUUAAAACGGCUUUAGCAUGCCUACAACGCAAGUAUCGCACAUUUGACGGCACAUGCAACAAUCUGUGUAACAUAACUCUGGGAUCCGCGGAACAACCUCUGGAGCGUUUACUGCCAGCCGACUAUGAAGGAGGUCCCGAUAGUCAAGCACCACGAAGUUUGGGAGUUGAUUUUAAGCUACUUGCAAAUCCCAGAAAAGUUAGCGCUGAAACUUUGGAGAACAAUGAUACUGCGAAUAUCAAUGGCACUAUUGUGAAUUUUACCCACCUGACAAUGACCUGGGGACAAUUCCUAGAUCACGACGUCACCUUAACAGAGCUGCCUGAAGGCUUAGAUUGUGGGAUAAACAAUGCACCCUGCAACGUCAUUCCUGAAUGUGUUAACAUAAAAAUCCCGAAUGGUUUAGAACUGUUAUUUAACGAUUCUGUACAAUGCAUUCCUCUUCCCAGGUCUGUGAGAACCCCAGAUGGUAACCAGGUCAGUGGAGUAUUUAACUUUUUCAUAAAUAUCCAGUGAUACAAAGAGUAGCAUCUAUUUCAUAUGGUUUCCCACAGGCAGCCCAAGCUCAGUACGAGAGUUUAAUCAUUAAUGCGUGUGGUAUCCUAUUGCGUAAUCCUCAAAACGGUCUUGAACUUAAAGUGCUUAAGUGGAAAUUAGGUAAGAGAUUCAAGAAGAUCAAUACUCGCCGGAUUUCCAACAAAAAAUGCUUAACUUUAUUAAGUUAGUUAUUGUUUGCUUUCUGUGUGGUUUUUUUCCCGAUCUGAUGCGAUUUUAGGUGGGGAAACACAGCGAUGGAAGAAAUAAAAAAUUGCUAAAUUCGCAUCAGCACACAUGAAGCAUGUUAAUAAUUAAAUUCUCAUACUGAGUUUGGGCUGUCUGUGGAUUUCCCAGAGUGGGAAAGUUUUCCAGACGCGAGAACCCUUAAGAAUAGAACACAAAGUAGGUUUUGAGUGAGAGUAGGACUAAACGUUUUGAGUAAAAGUUAUGCAUAAGCGAAACAGGCCAGACUUGGCUGCCGUUUCGGCGAACAUCUUCGAGGUGUUGAAAUAGACGUAUCGAAACCAGUAGCUCCCACUUUAAUCUUACAAAUAAGGCUAUCCAAAACGUGGUAAUCAUCUGCAGUAUCACAUGGCACUAACAAAAGACUCCAGGGUUUGAAUGACACUCAGAGUCCAUGGAAAAGAUUUAUUUACUCGCAAAGCAUACACUAUUAUCAUUCGAUGCAAAUUUUUAUUCCUUUUCAUUUGCCUAGAGCCCAGCACGUGACCUGCAAAUAACUGCCAACAAAUAAUGGUCUUCUCAUGCGAAAUGUCGUCCAACCGUGUUUGGCUGCAAAAAAUCUUUUGCUUAUGUGUAAAUGAAACCACGCUUUUCUCCUCCUUGCAAUCGCUCUUCCGUUAAAAAGGCAGAUUGCUUCCAGUCCAUGAGUUUAUUUAUAUUUAUUAAUAUGUUCAGUACUCAAACUCGUCUAAUAAUUGUUAAUUUUAUUUUUCAUUUGAAUCUCUUAUACCAAUAACGUCUUUAUUAUUUCAGAUAAAUAUUAUUACCGCUUAUGUUGACGGGUCACAAGUGUACGGAUCAAGCGAUGAAUUAGCUAAACAGCUACGAAGUCCCAAAGGCCAUGGACUUCUAGAUACGGUGCCACUGAGAAACAUUGGAGGCCUACCAAGACUUCCUGAUGCUAAUGAGGAAGCUUUCUGUAGAUCUGGCAAUCCAGAAGAAAAACCUUGCUUUAUUGCUGGCGAUGCUCGAGUCAAUGAAAAUCAAGGUAGAAACGACGUUCGCUUUUUAAAAAUCUUUCAAAUCACCAAUCAAAAUUCAAGUCAAAAGAAUACAGUUAUAUUAUUUAAAAUAGUAUCAGUGAAAGUGCCGCCCAAGACACAUAAUUCGUUUUGUGUGUUUUGUCAUCUUUGUAUUCGUUUGAUUCAUUUACAAUCACUACUUAUUAAAGAUAAAGGGAGAAAGAAUGAAUGAAUGAAUGAAUGAAUGAAUGAAUGAAUGAAUGAAUGAAUGAAUGAAUGAAUGAAUGAAUGAAUGAAUGAAUGAAAAGAAAACUAAAGUCAGAGAUAAGAUAGAAUGGAAAAGGGCAAGAUAUGGCUAAACUAAUUUAAAAUGACCUUUAAAUCAAAGUACAGUUGAACCCCGCUAUUUCGAAGUCCCAAGGGAAAUGGAAAAAAGUUCGAAAUAGCGGAUCUUCGAAAUAACCGGGGAAGCGAAAAAGGGAAGGGUAAAUCCAAGGGCCUUCGAUCUUCCUUCGAAAUAACGGGGACUUCGAAUUAACCGAGUUCAAAAUAGCGAGGUUCGACUGUACCUAUUUAUGAUCGAUGAAACUAGAUACCUCAGGUACAAUUUGUACUGUAACAAGAAAGGUUUGACUGACAUGUACGCGUAGCAUUUCAAGGCGCUCACUUAGAAUAUAACCUGCGAACAGGCUCCCGAGUAAAGCGGAGCAAAAAAAAAAUCGGCGAAGGAAGCAAGCCCAUGUGUGCAGGAAUGUUAUUAAAGCCGGUGCAUUCAAACGUAAAAAAAAAACUAAUUAAACAAGUCUAAUUACCUUAUUGACAUAUUUGUUAGAGGAUAAUUGCAAUUGGAUGCGCUACGUAGAUAGAUGCAAACUGGUAAGAAACUGGACAGUAUUAUAGUAAUUAACUAACAAAUUCUAAAUUUUCAUUCAAAACUCGUCUCUUAAUCAGCAUAAAGGAAUAACCGUGGAGUAAUUUUAUUGCAGCUCUUAUGGCGAUGCACACUUUGUGGGUCCGCGAGCACAACCGUAUUGCAACAAACCUUAAACUACUCCGUCCCUACGCGGAUGACGAGACACUGUUUCAAGAGGCGCGUAAGAUUGUAAUAGCAGAGCUUCAGCAUAUCACCUAUAAUGAGUGGCUUCCAGUAUUAUUCCCCAGUAAAGAAUUGGUAAGAACUUUAUCAAAGUACGUUAAUUAUAUCAGCACCUAUGAUGAGUGCUCUUACGGCCUCUUGAACUAACUUGUUCUUCUGUUGAUAAUCAUUUCACUAAAUAUUCUUAGGCAUUUAAUUAAUUUAACUGAUAGAACGUACUGUGGUUUAGAAUUUGACUUCCCUAAAAGCAUACGUGAUGGGUAAUGGGAAAUUAAUUUCCUGGGAGACCCAAAGUUUGAUGAGACUUAAGAACCGGUGAACCAAUUUCAAAUUUUUAAGUUUUGAAUUUGAAUUUUUUUUUUUUCUUAAUUCAGUCUCUACUAUGUUAUUUGAAAUAACGUUUUGGCUAUAAAUCUCAGCUUUAGUCAUAUUCUUGAGAUGUUUUUAAGUUUAAUUUUACCUUAACCGUUCUUCGAAAAAGGUUUCGUACUGAAAAAGAGUCACUGUGUGACUGUCAGUUCAAUGCCAAAAAAAGAAAUGUUGACCAGUGCAGACAAUAAGUUUUUUGUUACAAUAACAAAAACCGCAGUAAAUUUUAAAAUCAUUUUAAAAAGUUUAAAUAGUUUAACUCUCACGGAGGAAUUCGUUCCUAAAUUUUAACUUCGCUUUAAAAUGAAAUACAUUUGCACUUUGUCUAGUAUUUUACUGAUUCGCUAAAAAUGCUCUUACUUAGGAACUGAUAAAUGCGUCAUGUUGUCAAAGUGACAUUUUGCAUGAUUCUUACCUUUGCAAUCAUUUAUUCUUUUAUUUCUUUCUUUCUCUUCUAAUGCUUGGCCCAGCGUGCACGUAUGUUGAGCUCUAACUCAUUUUAAACAGAGUCUAAACUAAGGGGGCCUCAACGGCCACUUAACUGAUAACUGAUCGGCGAGAGCACACACAUUAUUUGCGUCAUCCUUGCCCCGACAUUUAACACAAGAGAGCGCAUUUUAAAAAUGUUUUUUUGUUUCUUUUUCAGAGAAAACAAUUUGGCGUUCUUUUAAAACCUAAAGGAAAAUUCUUCACUGGAUAUGACCCCGAAGUGAAUGUGCAAUGCACCAACGUUUUCUCUACAUGCGCCCUGAGAAUGGGUCACAGUUUAAUUCGCGCCGUUUUUGAUUUGAGAUCAGCCGACGGCACCUUUAGUCGAUUUAGAGGAUCUGAUCGGUCCCUGCCUAGAGACAUUCGUUUUGCUGAGCCAGUUGACUUCUUCAUCCCAGAUAGGUUUUUUAAUAAAAACGAACAAAGCGUCUUUACAAGAAUUUUGUUCGGGCUGAUAUUUUUAGAGGCUCAGACUCCUGAUCGGUAAGUAUAGCGCUCUUUAACCCUUAAUGAUAUUUAGACUGGGCUUGAUUUAGGUCCCUAGGACUCUAACUCCAGCAGUGUCGUAUUUUUACUGACGCAACACGCUACCAACACACCAGCACUGCCCUGUCCAUUUCCUGACCCAAGCAUAUCGGAUCCAUGUAACCAAGACUGCAGUUGUAGCUUCCUCUCUCGCCAAAGGUCUUCACAGUCAGCCCGCAUGAAGUUCAAACUCCCAUCGUUUGAUGGUGACCCUUUUUGGCAUUCUUUCCGUGUAACGUUAUGUUCUUUUAUACUCCAUCAUACCCUUUUGUGUCAUACAAUCUUAAUAGUCUCAUAUGGUUAAAUUUUCAUGACAACGCUACAUGACUCCCUCAUGGUGUGAACAUAGCCUACCGCUAUGUUCACACUAUAUCUAUAAAUAGCUCUUGCGUCGGCACGAAAACCAUACCGGAUAGGGCUUCUGUUCACACUUAAAUUUUUCUAAUGUGGUCUAUCAUGUGACAUGGAUUAUGUCGGUUUCACUAAUCGACACCUACAUCCACGCAUCAGCGAACACACAAGCUCAACUCGUUGAUCGGAAGGCACAUCAUGUGAAAGAACAUGGGGUCGAGAAGCCAACCCUCACGGACAAUUUUUCGGUCCUCUACGAGAUGCUAUUUAUACAAAAACUCAAACCAUCACUGAACAUGCAAUCGGAUUCGAUUCGCGCCAAGCUUUUCUAUUAAAUACAUUUACAUAGGCUGCAUUCAUUUGCAGCAUACAACGGUAUACCCGUCGCAUUUGCCCAAUGGAAUUUUUUUUUUAAAGCUCAAAAACAAUAAAAAAUUCAAACGGGCAAAUGCGAUGUAUAUACCCGUAUGCUGCAAAUGAAUCCACCCAUAACAAUGAAGCACGCACGAAUGCAAUCUCAUUUAUUCAAACUACACCUCUUUUACAACUUUGAAACUUCACACUCUUGAUAAUGAUGUUCGAAGCAUCGAAAAGUCAUGCAGGUAACGCGUUCUUAAGUUCAAAUUUUCUUGUUAAAUCAGCUGCAACAAGCACUGAACUGACUAUCGGACUUAAGUACAAAAUUAUUUUUAGUCCCCAGAUGGCCUUGUAACUUUCUUGAUUUAGUCAUUGUUUGUGGACAACUGCUCCUUCCUUAAUGUAGACGCUUAGUAUUAGAAAGAUGAUUUCUCUAAUAUAAUAGAAUCUCAUUCCUUUUAUAGUAUCUUUGUGAACGCUAUACGCGAGCGACUCGUCAUUGAAGGCAAUAUCUUUGGCGAUCUCAUGGCCAUCAAUAUUCAGCGUGGUCGGGACCAUGGCCUACCAGGUUACGCCCAUUAUCGAGAAGUGCUUGGAUUGGGAGCUGUGAAUUCUUUUGAUGACCUUUUGGGUAGUUUCACUCCAGAGCAGCUUGCAAAAUUUAAGGAAGAAUACAAAAAUGUCAAAGAUAUUGAUUGUUUUCCCGCAGCCAUAUCAGAGAACCCCAUGGACGGAAGCGUGCUUGGAAGCGUAAAUACCCAUAUUAUACUAAAGCAGAUGGGAAAGUUUCGCUCUGGUGAUCGCUUUUGGUACGAGAGAGAUGACCACUUGACCGCCUUUACGCUCACACAGCUGGAUGAAAUAAGAAAAGCUACUAUGGCUAGAGUCAUGUGCGACAAUCUUGACGGUGCCACCCGCAUUCAGCCUUGGGUAUUCAAAACAUUAGAAAGCGGCCAAGAGGUGGUUGACUGUGCAGACCUAGAUUACGUUGACCUGAAAGAAUUCAGUCAAGGUAACUUUUAUCUAUUUCCAGUAUUU